CCAUUCAAUAUUUCAAACGAAUCCUACAAGAAAUGGGAGUCCAGCCAGACGCGUUCCAUCCCAUUCUCAAUCUCUACGACUGAAACAAGCGACAGGGAGAAAUCGUAGAAGCAAUCAACUCAAAUUCGUGUUUCGAUUAGAGCUCUUUUUAGCUGGUUAAAUGGAGGAUUCAGAAAGGAGGAGGGAAAGAUUGAAAGCAAUGCGAACAAUAGCUGCUCAGGCUGAAGCUUCUAGCAAUUUUGAAAACCCAGCAGUUUCUGGUUUCCUUGCUAAUCCACUACUGGAGAGCCCUGCCGCUCUGCCUGCACAGGAGGAGUCCCGUGCAAUUCCAAGGUUUGAUUUUUACACAGAUCCUAUGGCUGCAUUUUCUGCUAACAAGAAAAGGAGUGCUGCUGGUAACCAGGCUCAGCAAGGAUAUGUUACCCCAACAAGUGAUAGUGGUUCUCCCAUGGCGCGGUUUUCUUCUCCCCGUCCAGGAUUAAGGAACACUGAUAUGACUCCCUCUCCUGCUCAUCAAAUUCAAAUGCAAAGUAGUUAUUCACCCAAUCAGAGGAUGUAUCAAGCACAUGGUCCUUAUGAUAGUCCUGCUCCCUUCUGGAGUCCAAGAACCAGUCCUUUUCCCAUGCAUCAAGAAAAUGUAGCUGGCUAUUACAGCAACCCCUCCGAUACUUAUACAAGAAGUCCAUACCCCAACCAUGGAGGAAACCCAAGCUUUCAAGCAGUAGGGAGCCCUGGUUUUUAUUAUGGACAACGUGGGCCUCCUCGGCAUGGCAACAGUCCAAUCAUUGGCUCAGGGCGUGGAGGUGGUUCUCCUUAUUCAGGAAGAACCCAGGGACAGUGGGAUGGUGGCAGAAGAAACCAAGUAUCUAGCUGGAGUGGUAGGAGAGGGCGGGGGUUUCAUUUUCGUGGAACUGCACCAGAUGAGAAAUUGGGCCCAGAGCCUUUUUAUGACAAGUCAAUGGUUGAAGACCCAUGGCAAAAUUUAGAACCUGUUGUGUGGAGGGGUCUGGACAGUGCAGUGAAUAAUUUGCAUACACCUGGCUCUUCAAAUUCAGUUACCAUGAAAAAGCCAAGAGUUUCAGAGUCUUCUAACAAGUCCAGUUCUCAACAAAGCCUUGCAGAAUACCUUGCUGCCUCAUUUAAUGAAGCUGUCAAAGAUGCAGCAAGUGUAUAAUUGCUGCUCAGAUCAAAUGGAGAACCCUUCUACCACUGCAUGAGUGAAAUUGAUGCUGACGGAGAGAUCACAGAGAUCAUUGCAUUGUUCAACAAGAGAAGUAAGAAGGGUCUUUACCAUGCCCAAGCCAAACAGGCAUCUGCUGGGUCAAAUGAUGCCCCUUCACCAGUUUUCUUCUUGGGAAAUCUAGAUGCCAUAAGGCACCAAAAGUUUACACACCACUUUGUGAAAGGAAAUCUACAAUUGCAUAUAAUUAUAAAAUUUAAUGUGGCUUGUUACGUGGAUUCCAGCAUAUGAAAUUCUCCUAGCAUAGCUGGUUGGUUUGUUAAUAUAUUAUGCUUGCAAUUAUGAGAAAUUCCUUCUGACUGUUGGAUAAAUUUAGUUGCAAUUGUCUUAUACUCAUUGAGGAGAAGACCUUGUAUA